CCCGUUUAAAGGUACUUUCGUUUUAACAGAACGCAAGGAAGUCGGGGACGGUUCGGGACCUCCGGUUCUUUUGAAGGUUCUGAAAGCAACAGGAUGAGUCAGUGGUGUAAACUGCAACAGCUGGAUUCUAAAUUCUUGGAACUUGUGCAUCAGCUCUACGAUGAUAGUUUUCCUAUGGAGAUCAGGCAAUACUUGGCACAGUGGCUAGAAAGUCAAGAUUGGGACCAUGCUGCUGAAGAUUUUUCAAUGGCCACGUUGCUUUUCCAGAAUCUCCUGUCACAACUAGAUGAUCAAUAUAGCCGUUUUACCCAGGAAAACAAUUUUUUAUUGCAGCACAACAUCAGAAAGAGUAAACGAAACCUCCAGAAUACUUUUGUGGAAGACCCGAUGUAUAUGGCCAUGAUGAUCUCCAAAUGUCUCCAGGAAGAAAGGAAAAUCCUGAAGUCUGCAGAGGCCACAGAUCAGAUGCAAACGGACAGUGUGCAAAAUACUGCGGCGCUGGGAAAAGUGAAAGAGAUGGAUGCAAAAGUCACAAAUGUGAAGGAUCGUGUCAUAGAAAUAGAGCAAAUGAUAAAAAAUCUUGAGGAUGUUCAAGAUGAAUAUGAUUUCAAAUUUAAAACCUUUCAAGUCAGAGAUUGUGAACCCAACAGCAUGACCCAGGAUGACUAUAAAAAGGAAAAAGUACAGCUCCACACCAUGUAUUUGCAGCUUCACAAUAAAAGACAGGACGUUCUACGCUUGAUAUCCUCUUCGUUGCCUGUGAUUGAAAAUACCCAAAAUGCUCUGAUAACAGAAGAGCUGGUUGAAUGGAAGCAUCGACAGCAGAUUGCUUGUAUCGGCGGCCCACCCAACGCUUGUCUAGAUCAGCUUCAAAGCUGGUUUACUACAGUGGCUGAGAGUCUUCAGCAGAUUCUUCAACAGAUUAAAAAACUGGAGGAGCUGGAGCAGAAAUUCACCUAUGAAGCUGAUCCUAUUACCCAACAGAAGAAAGGGCUGUAUGAUCGGACAUUAAUUCUCUUCAAGCAGCUCAUUCAAAGCUCCUUUGUUGUAGAAAGGCAGCCUUGCAUGCCUACUCAUCCUCAGAGACCAUUAGUUCUGAAGACUGGAGUACAAUUUACAGUAAAGUUGAGAUUGCUGGUGAAACUUCAAGAGCUGAAUUACAAAUUGAAAGUGCAAGUUCAAUUUGAUAAAGAUGUUGGCGAGAAACUCACAGUGAAAGGAUUUAGAAAAUUUAACAUCUUGGGAACAAAUACCAAAGUAAUGAAUAUGGAAGAGUCAAAUGGAAGCCUAUCAGCAGAAUUUAGACAUCUGCAAUUAAAAGAGCAAAAGAAUGUUUCAAGAACUAACGAGGGUCCUCUCAUUGUAACUGAAGAACUCCAUUCCCUCUGUUUUGAGACAACAUUGGAACAGAAUGGCCUAGUAAUUGAAUUGGAAACCCUUUCCCUUCCAAUUGUUGUGAUCUCAAAUGUCAGCCAAUUACCAAGUGGAUGGGCUUCUAUUUUAUGGUACAAUAUGCUGAUAAAUGAACCGAAGAAUUUGUCCUUCUUCCUUAAUCCGCCAUGUGCAAGAUGGUCACAACUUUCUGAAGUGCUGAGCUGGCAGUUUUCUUCUGUCACAAAAAGGGGACUCAGUACAGAUCAGCUGAACAUGAUCGGGGAGAAGUUGCUUCCAAAUGGAUGUACUCCAGAUGGCCUUAUUUCAUGGGCAAGAUUCUGCAAGGAAAACGUGAACGAUAAAAACUUUCCCUUCUGGCUGUGGAUUGAAGGGAUCCUUGAACUGAUUAGGAAACACUUGCUCUUCCUCUGGAAUGACGGGCACAUCAUGGGCUUUGUCAGCAAGGAGCAAGAGCGCAUCCUGCUGAAGGAAAUGGAGACUGGGACGUUUCUUUUGAGGUUCAGUGAAAGUAGUCGAGAAGGAGCGAUCACUUUCACCUGGGUGGAAGGACCAGCAAAUGAUCCAUCCUUCCACUCUGUAGAGCCCUAUACAAAAAAGGAACUCUCUGCAGUCAGCCUGCCAGAUAUCAUUCGCAAUUACAAAGUGAUGGCAGCGGAGAAUUUUCCUGAGAACCCACUGCAGUACCUGUAUCCGUGCACUCUCAAAGACGUUGCGUUCGGAAAAUACUAUUCCAGACACAAAGAGUCUUCGGAACCCAUGGAUGUGGAUGGUAGAGCCAAAGGAUACAUCAAAACUGAACUAAUCUCUGUAUCUGAAGUCCACCCUUCCAGACUGCCUGGCCCUGAAGCCCUUCUGCCCAUGUCCCCGGAAGAAUUCGAUGAGGUAGUACAAGCAGUAACUCCUGCAGAACUUAUGAUGUGUACAGAAUGUACGCCGUGAACCCUGGCAAGGCCGCUGGCAUAAAGUUUUAGUGACUUUACCUGCAGGUGUCCUUACCUGCGGUUUCCAGAACCCAUAGGAGUUUCAUCACUUAAUCUCUUUUAGAGGCUUUAUAUCUCGUAAUGUUGUGUUUGAUUUACUGGUUUACUGCAAGAGCAGCUUGAAACUUCAGAAAUGCUUGCUUGCUACUAAAAAUAUUUAGCUAGCUACAGCGGUU